GGUGUGCAGACUUGCAUCUUCUUGAUAUGUUGACGCCUACCGAAAGAAAAAGGCAGGGAUACAUCCAUGAGCUCAUUGUCACGGAAGAGAACUAUGUAAAUGAUCUGCAGCUGGUCACAGAGAUCUUCCAGAAACCACUAAUGGAAUCUGAGCUGCUAACAGAAAAGGAAGUUGCUAUGAUUUUUGUUAAUUGGAAGGAGCUGAUUAUGUGCAAUAUAAAACUACUGAAGGCUUUGCGUGUGCGCAAGAAGAUGUCUGGAGAGAAGAUGCCAGUGAAAAUGAUUGGUGACAUACUGACAGCUCAGCUUCCACACAUGCAGCCUUACAUUCGGUUCUGUAGCUGCCAGCUCAACGGGGCAGCACUCAUCCAGCAGAAAACGGAUGAAGUCCCCGAGUUCAAGGAGUUUGUUAAAAUAAUAGAAAACACUCCUGAAAACCAUCCAGACCACAGUCACUUGAAGCAUGCUCUUGAGAAAGCAGAAGAAUUAUGUUCACAAGUAAAUGAAGGAGUGCGGGAGAAGGAGAAUUCAGAUAGGCUGGAGUGGAUCCAGGCUCAUGUUCAGUGUGAAGGCCUGUCGGAGCAACUCGUAUUUAAUUCUGUUACAAACUGCUUGGGACCACGCAAGUUUCUGCACAGUGGGAAACUUUAUAAAGCCAAGAGUAACAAGGAACUGUAUGGCUUUCUGUUCAACGAUUUCCUCCUCCUGACUCAGAUCAUAAAACCUCUUGGCUCUUCUGGCACAGACAAGGUCUUCAGCCCCAAGUCUAAUCUGCAAUACAAAAUGUACAAAACUCCCAUUUUUCUAAAUGAGGUACUAGUAAAAUUGCCCACAGACCCUUCUGGAGAUGAGCCCAUCUUCCAUAUCUCCCACAUUGACAGAGUCUAUACGCUCCGGGCUGAAAGCAUUAAUGAAAGGACUGCCUGGGUUCAGAAGAUCAAAGCUGCUUCAGAACUUUACAUAGAGACUGAAAAGAAGAAGAGGGAAAAGGCCUACUUAGUUCGCUCACAAAGAGCAACAGGCAUUGGGAGGUUGAUGGUGAAUAUUGUUGAAGGCAUUGAACUAAAACCUUGCCGGUCUCAUGGAAAGAGUAACCCGUACUGUGAGGUGACGAUGGGCUCUCAGUGCCACAUUACCAAGACGAUACAGGACACCCUCAACCCGAAGUGGAACUCCAACUGCCAGUUCUUUAUCAAAGACCUCGAGCAGGACGUGCUCUGCAUUACAGUGUUCGAGAGAGACCAGUUCUCCCCAGAUGACUUUUUGGGCAGAACAGAGAUCCGUGUGGCAGACAUUAAGAAGGAUCAGGGUUCAAAGGGACCAGUUACAAAGUGUCUCCUUCUGCAUGAAGUCCCAACCGGAGAGAUAGUCGUCCGACUAGACCUGCAAUUGUUCGAUGAGCCUUAGAAGGAAAGGGACCAAUGUUUUAUUUCCGUCUGAGUUCACUGCGAUAGGUGUCUGCAGAAGCUUUCACAAAAUCCUUCUUGGUGUGGUAUGAAACUACUGCUUGCCCUUCACAUGUAAGAGGGUUAUCAAAGCAAACAGGAGCAUCUUUGUGCCUUGAUAAUUCUCACUGAAAAGUGAAUCCCAAUUUAGUGAGGAGAUCUCCCUCGAUUUCUCUAUGUGGAACUUGAUGUUAGUUUCCUGGGUUUAUGAAAUAACCUAGUCGUUCAUUGUGCUCCAGUCUGAAAGGCUGGCAAACCACAUAGGUUGCUGUGCUUGCUCCAGUUACCCUACUCUUUAAUUUACAUGAAGAAGGGAAUGUUCAUAUGUUUUGGAGGCUUUCUGCAGGGUUUUCCCCCUUGAGGAAUUCUGUGCCUAUUGCUCAGCAAAGUGGUGUGUAAAUGUAAUGUGAAUGGAAGGAGCAGUUACGCAGUAAGAAGAUCUUUGAAGAUCUUCACAGUGGUACUGAAAAGACUUAGAAAAUAAAUAGUCUAUAUCUAUA